AUGUCGGAGGGAUUCCACAUUGCUUCCCACAGUUUGGACCUGGAGAAAUUCAGCAGGAACAUGGACUGGUCUGUUGUCGAUUCCGAGAAUGCAGAGGACAAUGCUGCUGUAACUCUUGAGCUCAAGGACGGUCCCUAUAGUCGAGCCAUGUGGGACUUUGGUUUCCAGGCUCUGUACAAGGUCGUUGUUGGUGCGGACUGUCUCUCCACCGAGUUAAAAAUAACAAACACAGACAGUAAAGCAUUCUCAUUCAGCACCGCGUUGCAUACUUACUUCCGUGCUUCUGUCACGGGGGCAUCUGUGAGAGGUCUAAAGGGUUGUAAAACUCUCAACAAGGAUCCUGAUCCUAAAAACCCUAUUGAGGGCAAAGAAGACAGUUGGUCUGACGCGGUCUUGUGGAACCCGCAUGUUCAGAUGGAAGCCUGCUACAGAGACUUUGUGUGCGUCGAAAAUGCAAAGCUUGGGGAUGUCAAGCUAGAGCCGGGACAGUCUUGGACAGCAACACAGCUUCUCAGCAUCAGUUAA